UACGUACACUGGCGAGGACCGUGUCCGGGCAAAUCUCACCCCCCCAACCGCAUAACACUCACUAGUACGCUUCACCUGACUCUACAUAACUGCGCAACAGGAAUAAAACACGAGAAAACGGUUUCAGGUGGACGCUGUUUGACUAUAAAAUGUGUGGAAGGACUGCGUGCACACUGGCUCCGGACGAGGUGAGCCGAGCCUGUUUGUAUAGAAACCGGCGUGGGCAGCGGAGACAGCCCGGUUGGAGGGAGGGAGAUGAGGAUAAAUACCGACCGUCGUACAACAAGAGUCCCCAGUCCAUGAGCCCCGUUCUGCUGUCCCACAGACAUUUUGACAAGAAUGCUCCUGCUGAUGAGUGUGUAUUAGCUGCCAUGCGUUGGGGCCUUGUACCUUCCUGGUUUAAGGAGAACGACCCGAGCAAGAUGCAGUACAGCACCAGCAAUUGCCGCAGUGAGAACAUUCUGCAGAAGAAGUCUUACAAGGAGCCCCUUUUGAAAGGACAACGCUGUGUCAUCCUUGCUGAUGGCUUCUACGAAUGGAAGAGGCAGGAGAAAGACAAGCAGCCUUUCUUCAUCUACUUCCCUCAGACUCCGACGUCCUGUCAGGAGGAAAAAGAUGACGACCUUGUCAACGCAUCCAGUUUUAAAGUAUGUCCAGAAAAUGAGUCCCCGACAGAGAACUCCUCCACAGACUUGACAGAGGCAAAAGACGGAGCAGAUGAGUGGACUGGGUGGAAGCUGCUUACCAUGGCUGGACUUUUUGACUGCUGGACACCUCCAGCUGGUGGUGAGCCUCUCUACACGUACAGCGUCAUCACUGUGAACGCUUCCCCAAAUCUACAGAGCAUCCAUGAUAGGAUGCCAGCCAUCUUGGCCGGAGAGGAGGAAGUGAGACAAUGGCUUGAUUUCGGCGAGGUGAAAUCUCUCGAUGCACUGAAACUGCUUCAGUCAGAAAACAUAUUGACCUAUCAUCCUGUUUCAUCGCUUGUCAAUAACUCGCGUAACAACUCACCUGAGUGCCUCCAACCUGUGGACCUCAACCAGAAGAAGGAGCCCAAGCCGACAGCAAGCAGCAAGAUGAUGAGGAGCUGGCUGGCCGGUGGCUCUUCAAAGAGAAAGGAGUCGGAUGCUAGUGAGAGUCAAGAAGAGGUAGAACGGAAGGAGCCUCAGAGCACGUCUACAGAAGCACUUCAGCAGUGGCUGCAAGGGGCUAAUAAGAAACCAAAAACCCAGUAAAGCAGAACGUUUCCUUUCAUUCUGGCUUAUGUUCUUUCUUGCACCCAUUUCUAACAUUAUGUGUCAUAAUGCUACUGUACUGUAUUUUGCUCAAUGGUUCAAUGUUUUCAGAAAGAAUUUCAGAAAUAAACAGCUUGCUCAAUCCAAGGUUUUUAUUACCCUUAUUACUUUUGAAAGGCAAAGACUUUUUUAAACGUUGCUGCUAUGCAUUUAUCAUAUUAUCAUGAUGAAUGCCACUACUUCCACCACCUCUUUCAAAGUUGCAGUCUGUUAGCUAUUGUCUCUAAUCUGUAAUGCAUUUCAGUUUUCAAUAUAAUUCAAGCAGACAAACACCUGAUUGGUUAAAAGAAACGUCAAGCACUUAGUUGUUUGCCAACACAAGCAACUGGCAGUAAGACAUGGAGAUUUACAUGUUAUGUCUUCCCCACAAAAUGAUUGCAAUUGUACAAAGUAUUGAAAACAGUUGACAAUAAUAAAAAAAAAAAUUACUGUUAUGACUACCAGUAUUUGUAUUUGUGAGAGCUGUCUUUGAGUUAAUUCAUUCCCACAUCAUGUUGGACAAGAGAUACUCUUCUCUCCCAAAAGAGGAACAGCAAAAGGAGCAGAAAGAACAGCUUGAGUUUGACCUUGCACCAACCUGAGCCUCGAUGCAGUUUCCUGCCAGGUGUAGUUUCCGCAGGCUAUUUUUAAAAAGUGCAAAAAAAACCCUGCACACUGGAGUGAUUGGACUAGUCAUUUCUCUUCAU